ACAAAAUGUGUAUCCUUAUGAAAUCGUCUCAAAUUAUUUUCUUCAUCUUUAUAUUGGGGAUGAGCCGUAUGAUUUCAGCUGAAACUCCAGUACGAAAAUGUGCCUAUGAUGUACCCUUACCAUUAUCAGUACAAGUGGACAGUUGCUCUACAAUGCCCUGUGACCUUUGGAAGGGAUCUGAAUCCCAAAUCAUCAUACAAUUUGUGGCCAAUCGCAAUGAUAUGUUCAAUGUGAUGGCUAAUGUUGAGUUCACCACUUUGGGUGUACAAAUACCCUACGAAUUGGAAGCAUCUCGCAGUGAUGUUUGUGAGAAUCUCUUGUAUGGUGCUUACUGUCCUCUCUAUAAGGAUGAAGAUGUAACCUAUCUCUUGGCUUUGCCAAUAGAUAGACAUCAACCCGAGGUACCUACAAAAGUUGAAAUAUCUCUGUUGGAUAGCCAAAAUUCAAAUAUGAUCUCAUGUUUUGUAUUGGAUGCCAAAUUUAGAAGUCGUUAA